AUGACGAACGUCAGUCACGACGGCGGCGGCGGCCACUCCACCGCACGCACAGGGGUGGAGUCGACGGCAAAUGAAGCCACGCGUAACUUCAUUCUGGGCCUUCCCAAGGAGGGCCCUGCGCCGGGGAGCGCAGAUGCGGCUUCCCUACAGGCAGCGGAGGCAUUUGUGGGGGAAAUACAGGAGGAGAUCAUGGCGUAUGACAUGGCCAACGCACGGGCCAUGGAGACAUACGCGCGGAGUCUUUGGGCGAAAAUACCCUUUUUUGGAAAGCGGUGGGCAACUGAGACCAGCGCUGAUGUUUUAGGAGGGACUCCGCCACUAGAAAGUCGCGGCAACGAAAAUGUCAAUACUGCCACAGCCACAGCUGCGGCUAGCAACAUGAGGGGACAGUACCGUGUGGAGCGUACAUCGGCGGAGGUGGCGGGUGGGAAUAAAAGGCCCCCGCAGCAAAGGAUGAACAGUUGGCUCUUCAAGCAGCGCCAUCCCGGGUGGGUGCCGCUCAUUCAACGCUGGUGGGUUCCUUGCGUCUGUGUGGCGGGCAUUGUUGUCAUCUGGACACCCGAUGUAUGGAAGCUACGGACGUUGUAUUGGUGUGAUUACAAGUACGCCCUCUUCCGGCAGGCCAUUCACAAGGCAUACUGGCGUGCAACGAUGAGCGCAGAGGAGUAUGAGCAGUUGAUGCAAGAAUUGGAGCAGGGACGACCGUUGUCUGCAAAGGCCACCAAAUGCCCAUUGUAA